AUGACAAAAAGUAGAGACAUUGAGAGAAUAGAUUGCCUUCUUAGUCAAGUGUCUGGUGUAGACGGUCAUGCGGUAGUUGCUCGCAUUCUACAGUCGAGUUGGAUCCUCUCGGCAGAAACAACGACGCGUAACGUUGUUGCAUUUGGUGACAAGGAGCGGGAUAUAGAGCAAGAUAUCGGAACACAAUUCGGACAGAUCGUUUCGGUUAUCAGUCCUCGUUUAGUGUUGGCGCAUUGUAAUAAAAGCGGUAUCAUGGCAGAAGGCGGUGAAGUUGAUCAGCAAGGUCAACCAGCAUUGGUGUCUGGGCAGGGAUCGUCAAUUCUGGCAGUCCCAGAGAAGUUUGCAGACGGAGACGUUGACUGGAAUGCGGAUGCCAAAGCGAAGAUUCUCCCAACGUACUUGAAAGGACUGGCAUACGCUGUGUACCAUCGACUGACAGCAGAACAGAAGGCUUCGUACGAUGUGCUAGCUACGGUGUUGAAAGAAACUUUUCUGCCUGGAACAGGAGAACGACGUCGGUUAGCGAGAACACAGUUCUCAGAGCGAUCGUUAUGUGAUGGGGAAGCGCUUCAAGUGUAUGCGAGAGAACUAGAAGAUCUACUGGAUCGUGCUAUGCCUGGGCUGGCGGAAGAUCUGAGAGAACAACAGCUCAUUGAUCGUUUUGUUGAAAGUCUGCUCCUGCACGCCAGGUAUCAGCUGGAUUUACACCCGCAAGUGACAUUCCAAGGUACAAUUGUUAGAACUCGUGAAUUGAUGUUGUUGAACGAUAGGCAGCGGCAGCGCAGUGGGCACAAGUUUGUUAGUGUUAGCGCAGCUUGUGCAAAUAGAGAAACAAGAGUCAUCAAGGAUCUGAAAGAGAGAUUGAACGAGAUGGAAAAGGCGCUAAGUACUGAAGGAGUGAGUGCGACAAGUGAUAACAGGCAAUCAGGAUCAGGUGAAUUGCCUGUGACGCAAGACGUUCAUCACACAAGCACUGGACGAGGACUUCGAUGUUUCUUGUGCAACGAGCAGGGACAUAUGAAAAGAAAUUGUCCACACAGAAGUAUGCAGAAACAUGUAGGCCAUUGCUUCAAGUGUAAUCAGAUGGAUCAUUUAAUGAGAGAUUGUCCAAUAAUUCAGCAGACAAAGCCCCAAAUGACCACAAGGACACAACAACAGCAACAGUACAUGUAUGCACAACCAGAUUACAGAAAGCACUCAACAACAGGUGGUAAGGCACCAAGAAGGGGUGUUAGAAGUGUGUCUGGUGCGUUGAUAAGCUCAGUGAUUGUCACUGGUUGUGUGGAUGAGAUGGAAACGUCUUUUCUGAUUGAUAAUGGCUCUCUAGUUUCACUGUUGCCUAGAAGUCUGGUCGGUGACAAGAGCACAUCAUCAAGUGGGACAAGAUUACAACUGAAGACAGUUGAUGGCAGUAGUCUGAAGAGCGAGGGAGCUGGUAAAGUACUUGUACGUUUGGCUGCAUGGGUAUGUUCACACCAACUUAUGGUAGCAGAUGUAGAUAUGCCUAUCUUGGGAGCUGACUUUUUACUUGAUCAUGGGAUGAUCAUCAACAUGGCUAAGUGCCAGUUGGACUGGAUAGGAUGUACAUUACCCCAUAACAGUAGUAGCUGA